AUGUGGGCUGCUUUCCCUCUGCUUCCGCAGGGCUCCUGGCGGGUGGCGGUGACCAAGUGGGUCCCGGGACUAGUGGCGAGGACUGCUAGGACUAUCUUGGUGAACUUGUGGCCAGUCCAACCAUCCAUGCUUCACAUCCCUGUUAUCCUUGGUCACCGUCCAAGAUCAAUGUAUGGAGAUGAGAUGUGGUCUGAUGGACUGUAUGACAAAGUACCUCCUCAGAAUGUCCACAGUGAUGAAUCUGGCCUGAGGAUAACAAAAGAUGAUCUUUCUGCAAGCCAGAAUGCCCACAGUGAUGAAUCUGACCUGAGGAUAGCAAGAGAUGGUCUUUCUGCAAGCCGACAGUGUGAGUACAGGGAUGUAAAAGAUGAUUGUAGAAGAAAAUGUUCCUCUUCCAAUUAUUCAAGACAGUGGACUCCCCAUAAAGGGACUUCUCAUUUUUUCAGAAAAUCAAGUGUAGGUCAGAAGAACUCCCUGAAUAGCGGAUCUGGAUUCAGUGGAGGGCAUUCCCCAAAACGAAGCAGAUGGUGUUCUUUCCCUUUGUCAGAGCUUAGGCAGUCCAGGCAUGCUUACGUCUCCUACAAAUGGCACAUAGAAGAAAAGCCAGAAGGAGGUCAAAAGAGACCUAGCCAGUCUUUGAAAACAUUAAAAGACACACACCCAUCAAGUUCUUCAGUUCCUUCAUCAGAAAUUUUAAACAAAUUCAACAAGUUUGAUGAAAAGGGUCUUCCUGAAGCUAACAGCAGGCAGGCAGUAGAAAAACUCAGGGUAGCAGAUGAAAGUGACUUACCUAAAAUUUCUGAGUUUGAAGUUGGACUCACAGAACCAUUACUUAUGGAUCAGCCACAGGAACCUGAGUCAAACAGAAGAGAAGGCACAGAAUUAGUUGAUGACCAACUUACUAAUCGCCUUAAAGCAAUAGCAUCAAAAACCCGGGAAAUUGAACAGACAUACCAUCAAGACUGUGAAACCUUUGGGAUGGUGGUGAAAAUGCUGGUUGAAAAAGAUCCUUCAUUAGAAACGUCCAUUCAGUUUGCACUUAGGCAGAAUUUGCAUGAAAUAAGUGAGCGGUGUGUGAAAGAGCUCAGGCAGUUCAUUGCAGAGUAUGAUGCUUCUUAAGAAUUGGUGCUCUAGUAAAAAAGUGGCCCUUGAUUGCUAUUCCAGAAUUGUGUAAAUAUUUCAAAUACAAAAUAUUUGUGAUGAAAGGAAAUACUCCAGUGUCAAAUAAAAUCUAAAAUGGUCACUUUAAAAUAAUCUGUUCAGAAAUCUAUUUCACCUAUAGGGCCUUCUAAUUCAUACACACUCCAGUUUUCAGUGUGUGUCUUAGGCUACUGGGGAGCAACUUUCUGCUCUUACUCAUGUUCUGUCUUCCAAGUACAAGAAUGUGUGGCCCAGGUGUACUUUAUAGAGGUUGAACUUCAUAGUAAAUGAUAGUAUGUGAAAAUGUUAGCAUUUUUGAGUUGUUGUCUUUAUUGACUUUUUCUUAGGCUUUGUUUCUUGUAUUAAAAUUAUCCUACAUUAAAGUUUAUUAUUUUAAGGAA